AUGAAACUGCGUGACUAUCCAACAGACCCUAUCAAAACCCUCAUCAAUUCUGGUGCCACCUCCAACUUUAUAUCCCCCUCAUUAGUAGAACAACUUAAAAUCCCAAAAACCCUACUCAAAAAUCCACAAGUAGUGAGAAUGCUAGAUGGUACCAUAUCCCAGACUGGUUGCAUUUGGCACCAGGUUCAACUUGCAGUCUUGGCCAAUGGCCACCACCACACUAUUCCUUUCCUUGUUUGCCCCAUAGGCAACACACCAGCUAUUCUAGGCAUGACAUGGUUAACAGCAGAAGCUCCUUUGAUUGAUUGGCAACAGGGACUAGUCACCUUCCCUGAACAAGUUCAAAUUGCCUCCAAAGAAGAAGCAGACUCAGAUCCUUUAGCAGACCUCCCCCCUCAGUACCAUGAGUUUGCUAAAGUCUUUGGAGAAGAAGAAUUUAAGGUCCUCCCUCCACAUAGGGAGUAUGACAUCUCUAUAGACCUUGUCCUGGACGCCAAACUGACCCCUGGUCCCAUAUACAGCAUGACGGAUGCGGAAUCUAAGGCGUUGAAACAACACAUUGACAAGGAAUUGGCAACGGGCAAGAUUUGCCCCAGCACCUCAUCCGCCGGAGCUCCAGUCAUGUUUGUAAAGAAGGCAGAUGGCUCACUAAGAUUGGUAGUUGACUAUAGGAAGUUAAAUGACGUCACGCACAAGAACGUUUAUCCACUCCCUAGACAGGACAACCUCAUGGCUAAACUCAGGCACACUAAAGAAGGUGACAAAUGGAAAACGGCUUUCAGAACCAAAUAUGGCCUUUUUGAGUACUUGGUCAUGCCUUUUGGUCUUACCAACGCCCCCGCUGCCUUCCAGCAUUUCAUGAACAACCUGUUCAGAGAUCUGAUUGACGUGACAGUAGUAAUCUAUCUGGACAACAUCCUUAUCUUCUCUGAGAACCCAGAGGACCACCCUAACCACGUCAGAGAAGUACUGUUGCGCCUAAUGAAGAACCAGCUAUUUUGCAAGUUGUCAAAGUGCCAUUUUCACGUUACUACGGUCAACUACUUAGGCAUUAUCAUUUCCCCCUCCAGGUUCUCAAUGGACCAGAAGAAGGUAGAAGCUGUCACAACAUGGCCCACUCCCAAAACGGUCAAACAGGUCCAGGCUUUCCUAGGUUUUGUCAAUUACCUCAGGCAAUUCAUUCCCAACUUUAGCUCUGUGGCACGCCCCCUCCAUAACCUCACUAAGAAGGAGUCCCCUUGGUCAUGGGACGUAUUGGAAGAACAGGCUUUCCAGGAACUCAAGGCAUUAGUCACCAAAGCGCCAGUUCUGAUCCACUCAAACCCCAAUUUGCCUUAUUACCUAGAGACAGAUGCGUCAGGCGUAGCCAUGGGAGCAAUCUUGACCUACAUGUCAAAAUCUUUCUCUGGUGCCAAGGCCAAUUACAACACCCACAACAAGGAACUCUUAGCCAUCAUUAAGGCCUUGGAGGAAUGGCGUAUCUUCUUAGAAGCAACGGAUAGACCCAUACAGGUAUUCACGGACCAUCAAAACUUGGAAUACUGGAUGCAAGCCAGAACAUUCAACCGCAGGCAUGCCCAAUGGCGCGUAUUCUUAAGCGAUUUUAACUUUGAAAUCCACUAUUGCUGUUAUAACCUCCUGUCCUAG